AUGGCAAACCUCUUCCUUACCCUUCUGGUCACGACCGCUGUCGCCGUCAUCGUCACCGGUAGUCAACAUUCCGCCUCGUUCAAAAGCAUCCGCUCUGCGGAUCGUGAGUGUUCCCAGUUCUCCGGAGAUCAAAGCUGUACGGCUCGCUGUCGCGGACUCGUGACCCGCUUCUGGAACGAUACCACUGGACUGCCGGACGCGACCAUCACCCGGUUCUUCGCGCCACGUGGUUGUAGCUAUUGCCGCGGGGAAAGCUCCACGGAGCAGUGUUUGGGGGAUGUCAACGUGAGGAUUCGGGAUGGAGAUCGCUGCGCACGAGCCGAGCAGGCCGUCAAGUGCUACGAUCAACGGUGCAGAGACUCCGAGCAGAAGUUUAUCCCGUUUACGGACUUUGAGCAGUUGGAAACGCUUCAAAAAUGUGUUGAUAUUCUGCAGCUUUCACCGGGGAUUGUGAAGGAACUCUCCUGCAAUGGAAUGCUGAGUCGUCCGGAAGGUCGCUGUCUGUUACGGUGCUUCAUGAUUCGUUCCGGACUGUACAGUGACGCUGAAGGACCCAUUUUGGAUAGGGUCAACGUGCAGUGCGUCAGCGGUUACGGUCAGACGUCGAACCUUCAGAAUGUGGAUUCCUGUGUGGCAAAGCUGCGAUCCGAGUGUGGAAUCGACAAGUGUUCCCUGGCUUCUCGUGCAGUGGUAGAGUGUCUGCAGGUCAAGCUGGAAAUCAUUCCACCAGUUGUUGACUUUGUUCCGUACGGAGUUGACUUCUUGUUUAUACCAAGUUUUUCAAAAUUGAUCAAUUUUAAUGGCUAA